UAAAGCUAUAAAGUGGAUGUGCUAAUAAACUCUUGUCUUUUCUCGCUGGAGAUCGAAUUGAACUGAACACGUAUGGCUCCUGCUCUUCCUUUGAUAUUUCUGCUCAUGAUUGCAGCAGGGGUUUAUAGUGAUGAUUGGGGUGUGAGUUACAGCUCUAAAUACAUCUGUGCACUAAAGGGGUCAUCAGUGAUAAUGUCCUGCACUUAUAAAUACCCUCCUGGAUAUAAGAUCAAGAAAGUGUUCUGGACCAAAUUUAUUGAAAAGGAUGUAGAGCCUCAAGAUCUGUUUAAUGACCCUGAAUACAGUCAGAGGAUUCAGUAUCUGGGAGAUAAACAGCAGAUCUGCACCAUCAGACUGAAUGAUGUGACACAGAAGGAUUCACACGAGUACUAUUUCAGAUUCAUUACUAAUAUAACUGAUGGAAGAUGGAUUGGUAAACCUGGAGUGACUCUUGAUAUCACAGAUCUUCAUGUGGAGUCUCCUGAGAGCGUGACAGAGGGAGAUACAGUCAGUCUGACAUGUAAAAGCACCUGUAAUCUGUCUGACAGAACAACAUUCAUCUGGAGGAAAAACACACAGUCAUUAACUGAGAGAAACAAUAAACUCCUCCUGCAGUCAGUCAGAAGAGAGGAUGCAGGCAGAUAUAGCUGUGCUGUACACGGACACAAUCUCACAUCACCUCAUGUUGAUCUCAAUGUUAAAUAUUCACCAAAGACUGUCUCAGUGUCCAUGAGUGGAUCUGGUGAAAUAGUUUUGGGUGAUUCAGUGAAUCUGACCUGCAGCAGUGAUUCAAACCCACCUGUUCUGAACUACACCUGGUUUAAGGAGAAUGAAAGUUCAUCUGUUGGAUCGGGACAGAGUUACAGUGCACUACAGAGUGGAUUCUUCUACUGUGUGGCUCAGAAUCAACAUGGAUCUCAGAGAUCAGCUGCUGUAUCAGUGACAGUCCAUCAUAGAUCCAGUUGGUAUAUAAUGUUGGGGAUCACAGUGGGUGGAACAAUAAUCAUCAUCAUCUUCAUCAUCUUCAUCAUCCUGUUUAUAAUUAAGAGAGAAAGAAUGAACAGAAGAUCUGCUAUAAAGGAGAAUGAGACUGCUGAUCGCUGUGAUGACACAUACACAACUCUUGAUCUCAAGACCAGAUCUUCUGAUGAUGUGUACAACACAAUCACACCCAACAGGAAGAUGGUGCAGUAAGAGGCGGAGCACAACCAAUCAAAUCCCUUCAUCACUUCUGUGGGUGGAGCUUCGGAUGAUUGACAGGGAUCAUAAUAAGUUAUUAAAGUGUUAUAUUUGUUCUUCUUUAAAGCUUAUGAAGUCUGAUAUAUCAGUAGACAUAAAUAAAAAUAAGUUCUGUGUAAAAGUUGCUGAUACACACAUGUGUUCAAAUA